GUACAUUAUCUUUUCCAGUUGUCUAUCCUCACUCAAAUCUGUACAUGCUCGCUUCUAACUAAUAGGACCUGACAUCACAACGCCCAAAUCACCCUAUUCCCCACCCGAGUAAGAUACAAAAUGUCCGCAGCAUCGCAACCAAUUUCCGACGCCCAGUUUGCCAUCGCUAUCCAAGACCUGCCCUUUGAAAACCUCUACUCCAAAGCCGCCGAGAUCGAAAAUUCCAUAUCACAUCUCACACGCUCCAAUGAGCAACUGCAGAAAUACAUAGACAGCAUCACGUCCGACCAAUCGCUUUCAGAGGAGACGAGACAAGAGGGAGACAAGGACUGCUCAGACGCGAUCCACGAGAACGUAAUCGUGAUCAACCGCCAGAGGGAUAGGAUUCAACUACUGAAACAAGAGGUCGAAAGAAGAGGAGGUCGAUGGCACGAGCUGGACAAGGAGCACAAACAAAAUGGGAACUCGGGCCCGACAUCGACAAAUGGAGAGCUAGCGGUAGCAUACUCAGACGCAGGCUCAUCGAGGAGACUGACAGACGAAGAGUUGAGACAACAAAUGCUCGAGCGACUGGCAGAGGACGACCAUGGUGAAGACAACGGCAUGCAUUUGUGAUGUGAGUAAGCGCUCGUGCGCAGAGAACCUACAAGUCAAUGCAGGCGGUACACGAUUCCCAAGUCACGAACAUAACGAAACUACAUACCUGAAAAGUCAUUCGCACAUUCAAUGUCAAGAUUCAUUGCGUCUCAAGAUUUCAACAGUUCUACGCUAAGAGUGCGUUUAUGAUCUGUCACAAGCUUCGAACCAAAG